AUGAUAUCAGGUCCUUUACAAUUCAGCAAAGUCACUCGGUCUGCCGAGGAAUGUGCACACACUGUGGCACAAUGCUUGCCUCAGGAUCUCUGCCUGAAUGCUUUGACGCCACUUGUGAACAAUGCUCGUCAUCCCAUGAACCUUCCAGCGAUUAAAAUGCAGUCCCGCGUAAUACGUUAUUCUCCAAUUGAGCUGGUUAACCACGUUCUGCCAGAUCUCAUACCUGGCCUCAUUAUGGUAAAUCUUGGUUACAUUUAUCCAACUUUUACAUUCAAGGAGCCAUAUGUAAAUUAUUUGAGGACAAAUCGCGUAUAA